GUAGUAAAAUAAUAGAUAGCGAAGUUGCGUUGACUGAUUGUAUAAAAGGGAAAUCUUUCGGUUUUUCGUUUUAGUAUCAGAAUUCGUGUUGAGGUGGUUAGUUCUGUCUUGUUAAUUAGUUUCAUCAACAUGUGUGGUGUUGCCGUCGAUUCAGCUGCAUCCAAGGACAUCUCAAUAAUCAAAAAAACUGGAAAGGUAGCUCUUCUCGAGGAGGAAAUAAAAAGUCGAAGUAACGAACUUGAUGUAUCAGGCACAGUUGAAACUCAUUGCGGAAUCGCCCACACUCGAUGGGCUACUCAUGGAAUACCCAACGAAGUGAACAGUCAUCCUCAGCGCUCAGAUCCCCGAAAUGGUUUUGUUGUUGUUCAUAAUGGUAUCAUCACCAACUACAAGGCAGUUCAGACAUUCCUGGAAAAAAAAGGACACGUAUUCGAGAGCGAGACAGAUACAGAAAUUAUCGCCAAGUUGAUUUACCACUUUCAUGAACAACAUCCGAAUUAUUCUUUCAGGGAGCUCGUGGAAAAUGUAGUGCAACAGUUGGAGGGAGCUUUUGCCUUAUGCUUCAAGUCCAAAUAUUUCCCAGGAGAAUGUGUAGCAACCCGUAGAGGUUCUCCACUCUUGGUGGGAAUAAAGACUGCCACACGAUUGGCUACAGAUCACAUUCCCAUUUUGUAUGGAAAGGAAGAUCCACCUCCAUCUCCAGCUGCAGAAGCAGAUUCCAAUCCAGAACACAGACCACAUGGUAGAGGAGAAUUUCCCACAUUACCAAGGACCGGAUCCACGUCUGAGUUUGAACCAUUGGAAGAUAAACAAGUUGAAUAUUUUUUUGCCUCUGAUGCUUCAGCUGUAAUUGAACAUACUAAUCGAGUUAUUUAUUUUGAG